AUCUGUUACUUCCGAAAUUGACCUCAGUCUACAAUCUCAUAUUCACAAACGCCGCUGAUCCGCGAGAGUUUGUGAUUUGGAACUCGAUACUAGUUUAAUUAUUAAACCGUACAAACACCGUCGAUAUUUCCAAGCUUUCGACGUGGCAACAGAUACUAUAUAUUGUACAGGUUGUCCUCAAGCUUUAGGGGUAGAGAACGAGAACGAGAAUGUGAUAUAUACCCUGGAUGGUUGUGAUUGUGUAGGUAGAUGCUCAGCUGCUUUGUAUAUUCCAGAGCUAAUCAUAAUUAUCUAUAGAUGUUCUGUAAUUGCAUCCCUUGUAUAUGUAAGAGCACAGAUACAAAUGAAGCGCCCAAAAAGUUAUUUAAAGUUUCUGGAGUCCUCUUUUCGAGGGAAGAUCACUUUUAUAUGGAGGCACAAACGGCGUAUAGGACCUGGGGACUCGAAUGUGCGAUAUGUUCCAAAUCAUUGGCCGAUCUCUAUGGCACUGAAAAGCCACGCUUGAACUGUGGUAAGGAUAGAAUUCAAAAUGAGACGUAUGAUAUCAGACUUAUUAUAUUUAGGGCACUGGUUCUGUAAUGAUUGUAUGCAAAAACAUAUUAAAUGGAAGAAGAUGCGAAAAUAUAAUCAAUUACGAUGUCCAAUGUGUCGGAAAGCUGUAGUGGAGGAAGCGCCGGUUAUAUCUCUAAGGGCUAUUCCGCGAACGAUCAAGAUAAACCUAGAUGAUGAUGAGGUGUAGCCUUUCAGGGCGGAAGUUUUUAGCGUUGCCAUACUCAGGGCUCUCUGUUAAAUAUCCCAUUGUAUGGUACUUUACGAUCAGCUGCUUUCUGUCUCUUCGUUUCCUUUUCCAUUUAGUACUCUAAAAAGACAAUCACAUCUCUUUUACGAUACAUAAUGAAAUGAUACGACAAU